AUGUCAGAUAGCGGCGAUCCUGCCCCGUCCACAGCCGAUGUACAUCAUGAUAACAAUCACCGCCCAACCGGACUUUUUCCCGGCUCAAAGGAGCAGGACUUCAUCGAGCCGCUCUCGCGGCGACCGAGUUUCAUGGACAAUCUGGCGGACUCUCGGGAGUCCCAGUUCCAGGUGCAGGAGAGAAGCGAGCUAGAGCGGUAUUUUCAUGGGCCCCGCAAUAUGAACCAACAUUCGAAGUGGCCGAUGGUCAUGCGAAUCCAAGGGAGUGUUAUGCCCCAAAUGAUCCUGCCGUUGUUACUCGUGGGCGGCUGGGCGACGCUCAUUACCUGCAUUUCUCACUUUCAACACGAUCUCGGGAUCAACAAUAUCCUCCUUACGGUGCUGGGGUUCGUGGUGGGGUUAUCAUUGUCGUUCCGUGGUUCGACUGCGUACGAAAGGAAAAUAAGAUGGGCCGAUGGACGCAAGUACUGGGCUGGCCUCAUUCAAACCUCGCGUAACCUGGCCCGCAUCAUCUGGGUGCAUAUCGACGAACGCGAGGACGAGGAACAGAGCAAGGUGGAUCUGCUGAGAAAGCUAUCCGCCAUGAAUUUGAUCCUCGCGUUUGCUGUCGCUCUAAAACACAAGCUCCGCUUUGAGCCCGACGUCGCCUACGAGGACUUAGCAGGGCUCAUCGGCCAUUUAGAUACUUUUGCCCUCGACGCGCACGAUCCCAACGUCGUCUCUCCCAACUCCAAAACUCCAUGGAAAUCUGCAGGAGAGUAUCUGGGGUUUUCCUUCGCCAAGUCCAACCCACGGAAGUUGAUUAAGCGGUCCAAGAAGCCGCUCGGCAAUCUCCCAUUCGAGAUCCUGGUCCACUUGUCCGCCUAUGUCGAUGCGUGUGUGAAGAACGGCACGCUCGGUCCAGCUCAGUACCAGGGCCAAACGAUGACGAUGAUAUCUGCGCUCAACGAGAUCUUAACCGGGACGGAGCGCGUCCUCGACACUCCUCUACCCGCCGCGUAUAGCAUCGCUAUCGCUCAGAUUUCCUGGGUCUACGUUAUGCUGCUUCCCUUUCAGCUGUAUAAAUUCUUGCACUGGACUACGAUCCCUGCUUCGAUGGUGGCCGCGUAUAUCAUUAUCGGCUUACUGUUCAUUGGCAGCGAGAUCGAGAAUCCAUUUGGCGAGGACGUCAAUGAUCUCCCCCUCACCACAUACUGUCGUCAGAUAGCGAAGGAGCUGGAUGUAAUCACCGCCACUCCGCCGCCCAAGGUGGAGGUUUUCAUGGCGCGCCCAGAGAACUUGGUUCUAUUUCCGCUCAGCCAGGACGGCUAUCUCGCUUGGAAGGGCCGGAGUAAGAAGGAUAUCCGUGCCGCGCUUCGCGCCAAAUUUGUUACGAGUCCAAGCGACGUGGGAGAGUCGAAGAGCUCCACGAGGAUAGGAAGUUUCUCCACAUGGCGGACCACAGAAUCGGUUGAAGUUUGA